AUUUCGCUCCCCAAAUUAUUUCAUUAUAUCUUUCAACAUUUUGUAAUGAUUUGGAUUUAUCCAAAUUGGUUAAUCUUCGUUCAUUACAUAUAGAGAAACCAACGCAAACACAAUUAACUUCAAUACAAGCAGAAUUUCUUCCAAAUCUUUUAUAUCUAUCACUUUCACAUUGUUGGUAUAAUGCCCAUGAAUUACCAAGACAUUUAAAAAAUAUGGCUGAAUCAUGUCCUUUCACAAAUCUGCGCUAUUAUAUCUUACCUCAUGGAGAAGUUAUUCGCCUUCUACCAAAAUAUGAUCGACUCCACUCGAAGACAAAUAACUCCCAAAAACACUAUGAACUGAAUUAA